UCGGAGCUCUUUAGCGUCACUUCGGAGACAACAAGAGCGAGGCGCUCGGCCAAAUCCAACGGAACCCGCACCGAAACAUGUCUGAGCCAAGGUACCGAGAAUGGAUCCUGGAGACCAUCGAUUCUCUGCGGUCAAGGAAAGCUAGACCGGACCUUGAAAGAAUCUGUCGAAUGGUCCGAAGGAGACACGGGUCAGACCCGGACCGAACCAGAGCAGAACUAGAUAAACUGAUCCAGGAACAAACUGUACUUAAAGUUAGUUACAAAGGGUCCAUCUCUUAUCGAAACGCCGCUAAAGUGCAAAGAAAAUGCAGAAAGAAGGUGGAUCAAACGAACGAUAGUAGCAGCGGCAGCUGCGAGUCAGUGGGUGAACAAACCAAACACGCCAAUUUCAACAACGACGGCGACAGCGCGCACAGUCCCACGGACCAAGAGGAGUGCGAAGACAAGGAGCCCGAUCCGCCUGGGGCGAGCCCGUGCUGUGACCUCUUGUCCCAAACCUCGCGCUCCACUAAAGAGAAAGAAAAGAUUUUGUCACCGGUUAGCGGAAACAGUUUUGUUAGUUGUGGCGCAACGAGCAGCUCCGUCGCGGGCGGCUGUGGCGUGAAAGCAAGUGCAGCGAAAGACAGGGGCUUGAUCUCACAAGCAGGGGGAAACCGCUCCUCGCCCUGUCGAGAGAGUGGCACGACGGAGCGCGACGCGAGCGAUGCCUUAAGUCCAAGUAAACGGGUCGAAGGAGAGGACACGCUCUGUUUUGGCCACGAGGGCGGUGAAGGGAAGGAACGGAAAACUUGCUCGAGCGCUAGUUCUGCCAUCAGCAGCCAGGCUCAGCGAAACAAGCAAUCCGUGCAGCUGAAGCCCAAACUCAAGGUGGGGGCGAAAGGUUCUGGAAACGGCAGCGAAAUUCCGGACCAGACCAGCGCUGAUCUGGGCGAUAGGCUGGUUGCGGCGGUCCGAAGUCUGUCCGAGAGAAACCGGGGCUCCGUCGCCAUACGGGGCCACGCACUAUUGGGACUGAAAGAGAUACUCGGUUACCUCAGCACGCAGGCCGGGCAGACGGAGGAAAAGCUGACCCGCAACCGAGUUAAAGUGGUGCUGGAGCGUGAGAUAGAGAAGGGUCGCCUCCGCAGAACCCGCCUCGGCCACAUCACCGUCCCUGCGAGGGGGAUGGGGGCGGCCAAGCCAUCCGCGCGACUCCUGAAGAGCGCACUGCAGGACAGACACCUCGUGAAAAAGGAAGAAGGGAAGGAGGCAGAGCUGAUGGAGGCGGAGAGCGAGGGCCAUGAGAAGAUGGAGGUUGAGAGGGAAUUAACGACACUGGCUGAUCCCCAGGUGGGGGUUGCAGGUCUGGCCCAUGGUCCACUCUCGCUCAGUCCUGAAAUGAGGCCAUGUGAUGUCAGCCACCCAGCGAUGAUGUCAGAAGAGAAGUUCCAGCCUGUGUCAUUGCCAUCACCAUUGUCACCCAAACAUUCUAUUCACCAGGAAGCAGAAUCAUGUGGCAGUGAAGGUCCGACACUGAUGCAGGUAUCAUCUGCAAGCAUAGGAUGUUUCAGAGAGGAACAGAGGUCCAGCACACCUGCUCCACCAUGCAGCCCCACACAGGCCACACAGGUGACCCCACCCAAACCUAUACCUGCCCAACUGAGUGGCCACACACAGGCCAUUGUGAUGACAGACAGUGUGAAAGUUCCUUCUUCUAUUCCAAUUAAGAAUUAUUGUAAGAUGGAAGUGGCCGUGUCUUCGUGUCUGCUCACUCCCUCCGCUUCUCCUGGAGUGGCUGAGGAACGAGGGAUAAAUGGAGGAGUUUUUGUGAAGUCAGAGUCUAGCGCCGUGAACCCAGUGGACUGGACAGUGGCAGACGUAGCCAGUUAUUUUACAGCAGCAGGUUUCCCAGAGCAAGCUCUUGCCUUCAGGACACAGGAAAUAGAUGGGAAGUCCCUCCUCUUGAUGCAGCGAAAUGAUGUGCUGACAGGACUGUCAAUCAGACUAGGCCCUGCCCUAAAGAUCUAUGAACGCCAUGUGAAGGUUUUACAGAGGACCCACUUUCAGGAUGAUGGAGCUUUCUGUUGAGACAUAUACUCACACAUAUACAUUCAGUUCUUUUGCGUGCACACACACACACACACACACACACAAAACCUCUUGGACGAUGAAGCUUUCCACUGAGACAGUCACACGCAUUAUCACUUAUACAAAACAGCCAAAAACACAUGUUCACAUACACACACCCACAGACACAUACACACACACACACACACACACACACAAACACAC